AUGGAGCCCACGGGCACGAUCGUCUUCGCGUCCGUCGGCGUCACCAACUUCGGCUUCGACGUCUUCUCCGUCUCCGUCCCUGCGCCCGCGUCCGCCGAUGCCGAGGCCGGCGUCUCCGCCGAGGAGCUCGACGAGCGGCGCCACACGGACGGCGUCUCCGUCAACUUCAACGCGCAGUUCGCGGACGACGCCGGCGACGCGGUCGCGUUCGUGUCCGAGCGGACCGGGGCAGCGAGCCUGUUCCUGUCCCGGCCGGGGUCCGAAUCCGAGCGCCCCGAGCCGCUCCCGGCCGCCGAGGGCAGCCUGUUCCACGACCGCCCCACGGUGCGCGGCGGCCGGGUGUACUUCGUCUCCGCGCACGAGAAGCCGGACCGGCCGUUCCGGAGCUGGGCAGCUGUGUACGCGGCGAGUGUGGGCGCGGACGGCAAGGAGGGGAAGCCCGAGAGGCUCACCCCGCGCGGCGUUGUGGACAUGAGCCCCGCCGUGUCCGCCUCGGGCGAUCUGAUCGCCGUCGCGUCGUACGGCGACCGGCCCUGGGCGUUCGACUUCCGUGUCCUGGAGACGGAGGUGGCCGUGUUCCGCGCGGCCGACCCGUCCCGCCGCGCCGUCGUGGCCGCGCGGGGCGGGUGGCCCGCCUGGCACGGCGACGGCGCGCUCUUCUUCCACCGCGUCGCGGACGACGGGUGGUGGAGCGUCUUCCGCGUGGGCGUCUCCCCGGACACGCUCCAGCCCACGGGGCCCGAGCGCCGCGUCACGCCGCCGGGGCUGCACUGCUUCACCCCCGCCGCACCCGCCGCACUCGGCGGCGGCCGGUGGAUCGCGGUCGCCACGCGGCGGAAGGGCCGGGCGCAGCGCCACGUCGAGCUGUUCGACCUCGAGACGGAGCGCUUCUCCCCGCUCACAGAGCUCCUCAACCCGGGCCUCCACCACUACAACCCUUUCUUCUCGCCGUCGGGCGCGCGCGUCGGGUACCACCGGUUCCGCGGCGCGGGGGCGCCCGGCGACUCGCUGGUCCCGCACCUGCAGCCGGUGCGGAGCCCCGUGCCGUCCCUCCGGAUGCUCCGCGUGAACGGCACGUUCCCGUCCUUCUCGCCCGACGCGGCUCACCUCGCCGUAAACGGCGACUUCUUCAUGACGCCGGGCGUCAUGGUGCUCCGCUCCGACGGGUCCAGGCGGUGGACGCCCCACCGAGCCCGGGGUGGUGUUCACGUCCAUGGGCCCCAUCUUCGAGACCCCGAAGGCGACGGUCUGGAUCUCACGGACGACGACCGCGGGGAGGUGAUCGGCGCGACGGUGCGGCCGCUGACCUGGUCGGAGGCCGGCAACGACGCGUUCCCGGCGGUGUCGCCGUGCGGACGGUGGUUGGUGUUCUGGUCGGGCCGGACGGGGCACAAGAACCUGUACAUCGUCGACACGGUGAGCGGCGAGGACGGAGGCGUCCGGCGGCUGACGGAGGGCGAGUGGAUCGACACGAUGCCGAGCUGGUCGCCGGACGGGAGCCUGAUCGCGUUCUCGUCGAACCGGCACGACCCGUCGAACCCGGCCGUGUUCAGCAUCUACCUGGUGCGGCCCGACGGCUCCGGGCUGCGCCGCGUGUACGUGGCCGGGCCCGAGGGCAGCGCGGAGGCGGACAAGGAGCGGAUCAACCACGUGUGCUUCAGCCCGGACUCGCAGUGGCUGCUGUUCACGGCCAACCUGGGAAGCGUCGUGGCGGAGCCCAUCUCGGGGCCCAACCAGUUCCAGCCGUACGGGGACCUGUACUUGUGCCGCCUCGACGGCUCGGGCCUGCGCCGCCUCACCUGCAACGCCUAUGAGAACGGCACGCCGGCGUGGGGGCCCGCCAGCGCCGGGCUCGGGCUGGAGUCGCUGGCGUUGGGCCCGCCCGCCGGGGAGAACGCCUUGGGCCAGUUCGACGAGCCGCUGUGGCUUACUUGCGACGUCUGA